GGUUUUAAGUUAAGGUUAAGAUACAUCUUCUUGAGUCCUUCAGAAGAGCGUCUUCUUCUCUCGGUCGAAGCUAUGCUAUGAAUUAGUAAAGCACUGACUUCUCCCAAGCCCGUUGUCUCGUAAAGUUAGGUAGUAGCCGACUCACGCGCGCCUCUGUCAAGUACCUUACAGAGAACUGUCUUUGAGGCAAGGUAAAUUGAAUUUCUCCGGUAUCCCGGUUUCUACAUUAUGGUAUCUGGUGCAUAAAGAGCCUCUUUAGAAAAUUGAAGGGCCGUUUCGAAAACUAACACGCUGCAAUCUUUGCUGUGUUGUUUGUGCUUUUUCUAGAGGCUCAUCACUUUGCUAAAUGGCCAAUAAUCCUCGGUUUUCUGGUGUACAGCCUCUUCAGCCUCCUAUAGUUGGUUCGGUGGAACCCCCUCGAAGUUUUGUUGCACCAAUGUCUUCUCAGUUCCGACAGGUGGUUCCAGCACAGCAGUCACAACAAUUCAAUCCUGUUCCUUCUCAACAUUUUUAUCCUGUUGGCCUUGGUGCUCCACGGAUGAAUGUUGGACUACCUCAUCAUCAUGCUCUGCAACCCCAAUUUUCUCAAUCAAUGCAGCAAUUUCCUCCAAGACCUGGUCAACCUGGUCAGCCUGGUCAUGCUACACUCCCAUCACAGGCAAUUCCAUUGCCAAUUGCUCAGCCAAACUUGCACAUUACUUCAGAAAAACCAAUACCUCAGAUAAAUUCUCAAACUCCAAAUAGCUAUUCACCUGUUUUGGGUGGCCCAGAAAGACCUCUCACUUCAUCAUAUACUUUUGCAUCAUCUUCUUAUGGUCAACCGCAUACAAAUUUUAGUGCCUCCACCCAGUAUCAGUUUACACCUCAAAUGCAUGCACCUGAUAUAUCUUCUGGGAGACAACUUGGUUUAUCAUCUGAAAGCCAGGGUACUGCCACUGUUGCACAGUAUGCAAAACAACCUUUAGUUCCCACCACCGUGACAUCGGCAACAAUCAUCCAACCUAACACCACAAGAGAAUCCCCAACAGAUUGGAUAGAGCAUACUUCUGCUGAUGGAAGAAGAUACUAUCACAACAAGAAAACAAGGCAAUCUAGUUGGGAGAAGCCUUUAGAACUGAUGACGCCAAUUGAGAUGCUUACAGGUACAUGGUCUGCUACUCUAUUGAGAGGUAGGACAUGCUGUGGGUAUUUGCUGCUUUCUCUAGCUACUAUAUUGCUUGAAUAUUGCCGGAGUAUGUCGUUAACCUCGCCCAAACUCUUUGGCCUGGGAGGGAGAGAGAAAGCAGAUGCUUCGACUAACUGGAAGGAAUAUACAAGUCCUGAUGGAAGGAAGUACUACUACAACAAGGUUACCAAGGAAUCCAAAUGGUCAAUCCCUGAGGAGCUGAAGUUGGCUCGUGAGCAAGUAGAAAAGGCAUCUUUUAUGGGAACACAGCCAGACACAUUUGAGAUUCCUCUUGUCUCAACUACUGUGCCUCCCUCUGUGGUUAAAGCACCAUCUGGUGGAGAAACCUCAUCUUCCCCAGCUCAGGGGGUAGCAUCAAGCCCAGCUUCAGAGGGGCAUGAUGUUGCUGCUGGUGAUCUAAAACCUCCCUUGCUUUCUGAAACACCGGCUUCAACUGUUGUAGCUUCUACUACAGAUGAAAAUGCAAAUGGAACGCAGACACUUCUAAAUGUUGCAGCACUUUCAGAUGCUGUUCCAGAAAAUUCUGAAGCCGCUGUCACCAUUGCCAGUACCAUUCAUGCACCAAUGGAGAAUGCCGAUAAUCUUUCAGCUGAGGAUGUUCCUAAUUCUGCAGAUGGAGCUCCUGCAAAAGUUGUGGAGGGAGUUGAUGCGAUUGAAGCCUUGGAGGAAGUGAAAAAAGAUGAAAUAGGGGAAAAACUGAACGAUAUUGGAUUGGAAGCGAAAUCAGUUGAUCCUGAACCCAUGAUUUAUGCCAAUAAGCUGGAGGCUAAAAAUGCAUUCAAAGCACUUUUGGAGUCUGCAAAUGUUGGGUCUGACUGGACCUGGGAUCGGGCUAUGAGAGUAAUAAUCAAUGAUAGAAGAUAUGGUGCUUUGAAGACACUUGGAGAGCGGAAGCAAGUUUUCAACGAGUUCCUAAGUCAAAGAAAAAAACAAGAAGCUGAGGAAAGGCGCAUCAAACUGAAAAAAGCGCGGGAAGAAUUUAAACAAAUGUUGGAAGAGUCAUCAGAGCUGACAUCAUCCACAAGAUGGAGCAAAGCAGUGAGUAUGUUUGAGAAUGAUGAACGUUUUAAAGCUGUUGAACGAGAUAGAGAGCGCAGGGAUUUGUUUGAUAACUACUUGGGGGAACUUAAAGAGAAGGAGCGAGCAAGGGCAGAAGAAGAACGCAAACGGAAUGUAAUGGAAUAUAGGCAAUUUUUGGAAUCUUGUGACUUCAUCAAGGCAGACAGCCAAUGGCGAAAACUUCAAGAUCGCUUGGAGGCUGAUGAAAGAUGUUCACGUCUUGAAAAAAUGGAUCGCUUGGAUAUUUUUAUGGAAUAUACACAUGAUUUAGAGAAGGAAGAGGAGGAGCGGAGGAAGAUACAGAAGGAAGAAUUGAGAAAGGUGGAGCGUAAAAACCGUGAUGAAUUCCGCAAAUUGAUGGAAGAGCAUGUUACUGCUGGCACUCUUACAGCUAAAACCCACUGGCGUGAUUAUUGCAUGAAGGUCAAAGAUUUGCUUGCAUAUACAGAAGUCGCAUCAAACACCUCGGGUUCAACUCCAAAAGAAUUAUUUCAAGAUGUUCUUGAGGAGCUAGAGAAACAAUAUCAUGAGGACAAAACUCGAAUAAAAGAUGCAGUGAAGCUGGGAAAGAUUCUGCUGUCAUCUACAUGGGUACUUGAAGACUUCAAGUUUGCUAUUUCAAAGGAUUUUUCUCCACCAAUAUCAGAUGUCAACUUAAAGCUGAUAUUUGAUGAGUUACUAGAACGAGUUAGGGAGAAGGAAGAGAAAGAAGCUAAAAAGCGUAAACGCCUUGCAGAUGACUUCUUUCAUUUACUUAGUUCAAUAAAGGAAAUAACUGCAUCUUCAAAGUGGGAGGACUGCAAACAACUGUUUGCAGAUAGUCGAGAGUUCAGUUCCAUUGGAGAAGAAAGCCUUUGCAGGGAGAUAUUUGAGCAAUAUAUAUCACAACUAAAGGAACAGGCAAAAGAACACGAGCGAAAACGGAAAGAGGAAAAGGCAAAGAAGGAAAAAGAGAGAGAGGAAAAAGAGAAGAGAAAAGUCAAGCAGAGAAGAGAAAAAGAGGAAGGACGUGAACGAGAAAAAGAUGAAGAAGACAAUAUCAAGAAACAAAGGAAGCGGCAUCAAAGUUCUGAGGAUAUUGUAGAUGAAAAUGAGAAAGAUCGGUCCAGGAAGUCCCAUGGGUCCAGUGACCACAAGAAAUCGAGACGGCACGCAUCCGCUCCUGAAUCAGAUGAUGAGAGCAGGCAUAAACGACAUAAGAGAGACCACCGGAAUGGUUCUCGUAGAUAUGGGGAUCAUGAGGAACUUGAAGAUGGGGAAUUUGGUGAGGAUAGGCAAAGUUGGUAGCUUCUUAAUCCUCCAAAUCACUAAUUUUUUCCCCUACUUUUGAUAUAUUUUUUAUCAUUUGCAAGAUAAUUAUUUUCCAAAUUAGCCUUGAUUACACCUUUGCAAUGUAUUGCUAUCAGUGUAAAUAUUGUGUUUUAGCUUAAUCAGCCACAUCUUUAUCUAAUAGUGAAUUUGGGAUCUUUGAACUAAUUUAA